AUGGUCGAUGCUAUUAUGGAACUCACAGCCAUUAAGGGGGAUUACGCCCAGGCCAUACCAACCUCCUCUGAAGAUACCGCCCUAGCCGCUUUUGGGAGCUAUUUGGAAUCUAUCUGCAUGAUUGGUUCCCGUAGCAAGGAGGAGAUAGUGGACAAUGUGGAAACCGUCGUGUGGCCUUUGGGGAAAAAAGUCUAUGAUCAAUGCAAUACUUAUAAAGCACCCCUUCCGAUUUCCGUCAUGAUGGUCAAGUCUCUGCGUAAGGUUGAGAAAAGCACCUUUGAAGUUCCCAGCACUAGUAACCUUGCCGGAGUUAUGAUGGCACUUGAUGCCUUCGCGAGGAGAUACGUGAAAAAUUAG